GCGGCCACGCUGGCCGUCAUCGACGCCGGCAUCCCCAUGCAGGACUACGUGUGCGCCAGCUCGGCCGGCUUCGUGGAGGACACGGCCCUGGCCGACCUCAACUACGUGGAGGAGGCGGCCGGGGGGCCGCAGGUGGCCCUGGCCCUGCUGCCCAAGUCGGAGCAGAUCGCGCUGCUGGAGAUGAACGCGCGGCUCCACGAAGACCACCUGGAGUGCGUCCUGGACGCUGCCACCGCGGCCUGCCGGGCCGUGCACGCGGUGCUGGACCAGGUGGUGCGCGACCACGUGCGGGAAGUCGCCACGCUGCUGGGGGAGUGAGCACCCCGGGGAGGAGGGGGGGGCACUGACCUGCCUCCAGGCCUGCGGGGGUUGACUGCUGCCUCCUGGUCACGGGCCCUUCCCUCACCCCGGGGGCACUGGGCCAGCGCUGGGAUGUGUCCCCUUGCCACGUGGAGACGGACCCUAGUGCCCCUCGCUGGGCGACGGGCGCCGCCGUGCCCUCUGGCACAGCCUGCGUUUUGGGCCUUGGCGGGAGGUGCCUGCCUGCAGGGCCUGCACGCUGGGCAGGCUUGUGCGGGCCGUGCCGGGAGCCCAGGCCAGUCCCCUGGUACGAGCGGGUGUUGCUUUGGACAAGAGCAGCUCUGAAUAAAGUGUUAUUUUGGUGCAA